GCCCUUUCCUGGUCAAUGCCCACAUAAAUCCCCCGAAACAUCAUUGCCAUCCGUCGCAGAAUUAACCACACACACACACACAAACAAAACAUUUCUUCGUUUCCUCAGAUAUCAACUUCCCCAGGCCUGUUGCCCAAAUUGCUUGCAGCCUCUCCACCCUUGUUCUACUGUCCAGUGAUUGUGGUUUCCUUCAUCAGUAUAGUCGUCACGGAGCAUUCAAGUAUCGUCUGGUAAUCAGCUUCAAGUUUGCAUCUUCCAUCUUACUAGGAGCACCACUGGUCGCCUUGCGUAGUGUGUUCAUAGUCUGAGUGUGCUCCGGUGUCGGUAAACGUGGGGCAGAUUCCAGUCGCCAAGCGAUAAAUACGGGCGCGAGACUACCUGGCGAGACACCGCCAAGUCCCGAGCGCUAUUUGCCCGGUAACCCGAUGAUCCGUGUGCUUGUCUCUGUUACAUCUCGCGGAUUACAUGGCGAGUAGGGUUACAGUGGCAUCUUUUGUUGCCAAGAGCGACCUGCACUGCUCUCGUACGGAGAAAGGAAAUCUGUACGAGAAGUCUUGGAGUCGAGUACAGGAAGAAAUGAAAUCUUUUGAGCACCAGCUUGGCGUCAAACAUCAACCGCAUCUUGUCUACAGCAGACGACGGUUGCCAUAGUAACGCUUCAAAAAAGAUCACUCCCUGUGAUAUGGAAUGACUUCCCUUUCGUUUUGUGAUUAAUAAAGUAACAGGAUCAUGGGGGCGUAUAUGAUACAGUUUCGGGAGACGGUGGAAACAAUUCCAAGUUUCCCCUCAACUUCAUAUCAAAACAUUAACAAGAAGGACGCACAAUUUACAGCCAGAAGCAGUAACGCAAAAUGCAGUUAAUGAAAAGCGGUUAAAUGUACUUUGAUAAAACGAAAUGAAUUGUACUUUAAUAAAACGAAAUGAAUUCAACAAACUGAAAGAAGACUUUCUGAAAAGUAAUUUCUGCAAUUAUAGAAGAAAGCAAUUAGACCAAAGUCUUUUAUCACUAAACUUUGAUAACGUAAUUUGAGGGGUACAGUACUGGAGAAGAACAAGUGCACUCCAUGACAGGCGCCUUUACACCAUUCCUUCAGUAGCUGGCAGCUUUUGUGAUCAUCAGAGCAUGGAGCAAGUAGGCAGUUGCAUUGAAUGAACGACUGAUAACGGAGUCUAACCAUUCACUUCACUGCACAAUGCACCUGUCCAACGUCCAAACCGGGCUCACGAUCUACAUGCGCAUAAUAGAUUGCUACCAGUACCAGUCGCACACACAUAAAACGUACGGGAACAGCUGGAGUCGCACGAUUUCGUGAAGAACCAUGAUCUGACACACACUGGAAUUACACCCUAGAAAAGACCCUUCAAAAUGUCGCAGAAAAGCGUCAAACCGGAGAGAAAAUCGCCCAAGAAUGUGGUCCUCUCGCCCGGCUGCCUUGCACUGGCGUUGAGCCCACUGCAGAUCAAGAAGGACACGGACUCGGAAAGUUUGAAGUCGCACCACCACCACCACCGCAAAGUAGGCAAGGAGUUGUUCAGGGAUUUCCAGCGGGAGAACAAGCACAGCUUCUGGAACAAGCCGCUGGCCGAGAGCGUUAAAGAGGUGGCAUUUCUGGGCUUCCUUGAGCCUUGGGUGCUCCUGAUUAGAGGCAGCGAGAAGGAGUUAGAUUGCCUGAGAGAAGCCUACGCAAGGAGGGUGCUGAAACCCCCCAAGAAUUUCACCAUCGCAAAUUUGGGUGAUGUCGGCAGUGUUGAGAUGGCUCCCAUUCAGCAGCAUCAGUUCAUCCCACUCACUGAGGUCCUCUGCCUCAUCAUCUCCGAGAUGAACAAGCGCAAACUCACAGCAACCCCGGACUCCAUCCGCGACAAGCUGGCUGAGUGCUAUUCUAAGAUGCCUGUGCCCAACCCGGAGAUCAUCCUCAAGUCCCUCAACCACCUGAUGAUGGAGAGGAAGAUAGAGCAGAACGGCAAUAGCAGAGGCUACACAAUUGUCGGCCUGGACAAGCUGCCCCCAGAAAGCCCCUCUGGAGACGAGCUGGAGGUUGUCAUGGCUAAGCCCAAGGCCAAACCGGCUCCCUCGUCACAGGAGGAUCGGGUGUAUCUGGUGUACAAGGACGGUGCCCUGACCAGACACACCUUGCCAGCAUCCUCCAAUAUGGUGGAUAAGAGCACUCAGACUGUCCGUACCCGGAGUGAUUCCUCCUCUCCGAGACCAGUGUCCUACCCAGCCAAUACCAACAUGAGUACCAUUUACGAGAAGAGCCACACUAUUGGGACGAGCAGCCCAUCCAAGCAGCGGAAUGUGGAGGCCGAAGCCAGUCCCUUACAGCGGAGUCAUUCCAUGAGGGAGCGGCGAAGUCCUGCCAAGCGGAACAACUUUGAUCGUACAAGCUCCAUGCGAGCCAGGACCGGAGAGAUUGACACGGGAUAUUUCACCUCAGAUUCGGAAGCCAAACAGUCAUGCUUUGGCCGUCUCCUGGGCAAAUCAGCCAAGAAGAAAGCCAUUAUGCAGAGCAGCAUCACUCACCAGACAUUCUCGGCUCAGUUUCCACCGUCAGACAUUCACGAUCCAUUCUUCAACUAUGCUCACUGGCUUGGGAAGUCACCUCAGAAGGUGGCCCUGAAUUCAGUGGCUUCCUCCAGCCCCAAAAACAGCAGCAGCAAGGAUAAGACCAAGUCGGGGAGUGGAGCAUCCCCAUCUAACGGGACAGGGACAUCGGCAAAGAAGGAAGGAUCCAGGAAGGGGCACUCUUCACACAAGGAUGUCAACCAUUACCAUGUGGAGCAUGGUCGGUUGACACAAACUGCCAAAAUGCUGCAGCAGAAGUACCAGGACAAAGCCCAGGAAUCUAUGCCUGAGUCGGAGCAGGAGUUCCUGAAACCAACCCAACUGUACGACGACAAAUUUCGCACCAAAGUCGUUUCUCAGCAGAUUCAGUCGGUGAAGACCACCAAGAAGAAUGACAAGGUGAAGAAUUACUUCACGUCUAUUCAGAGCAACAAGCCCCAGCAGAUGACGCCCUUUGAGGGGAUCAGCACCGAUGACCAGAACGACUCGGAGAUGGAACUGCAGCGACGGAAUGAACUGGCGGCCGAGAAGCGACGUCAGAAACUGGAACAACUGAAGGAGCGCAGACAGGCACGGAUCUUCACCGCCCACAGAUCCAUGAAGGAAUCUGAGAUGACUGACCCUAUGGAUUAUCCAUCUGCAGGAAUGGAACAGCCUGCCAGCUCUCUGGGUCAUCCCACUAGCCCUGGAGGGAGUAACGCCAAUGAUAUGGAAACUCCAGAACCAAUAAGACGGCAAGUGAUGGUGAUGAAAAGAACAGAAAAUGUUGAGGUAAAGCGUGCUGAACUCAGUCCAACCUCGGGCCCUUUCCCUGCAAUUUUACAAACGCCAAAGAAUUAUAAUGGAUACAGACAGUCUGAGCCCCAGACUAACUAUAACGAGCCCACUGAGCAUGAGCAGUAUUACCGCGAUGAGGAAAUUGACAAUUACAUGCGGGAAGAGCAGCGUAAGCAGCUGAUGGAUAAUAUGGAAGAUCCCAUGUGCUCACCGCAGCGGGAUACCAGUGGUUUUGUCUUAUAUUCACAACACCAAGGGAGGGAUGUCAUUGCUGAUUGCAGAGAGGGAACCAGCCAGAUGACAAUGGCUGUCAACCCACGUUCCAUGUCGCAGCACCUUGAUUACAUGGACAAUGAGCGUCCACCUCCCCCGCCGCCCAUCCGCUUCAAUUCCCAGUCGGACCGUAGCCCCGGGCACCAGCCUCCAGUUCACAGUGUCCAACCUUCUCAGGUGAUGAUGCAGAACCCGAUGGGCAUGCACCCUGCGUACCCCCCUCAGAUCCCAGUCCACCAGCGGUUGGAGAGCCUCUCCAGCUCCACAGGGGACAGCGGGUUCAAUUCCCCGCGAUCCUCCCUGGCCCAGAGCCACAACAACAACUCCUCCCCGAUUGAUCACAUGGCCUCCUACGACCCCCUCCACAAUCGGCACAGUGCCACAUCUGGCAUCCCUGUGCUCAUCAAGCCCAUCCCGCGUCAGACCCAGAACGACCUGGACAACCAGAACCUGGACAGUGGCAGUCGCAUGAUCAAGUCCACCUCCAAUCCGACGCAUCUCCACUCCACGUUCUCUGAGCAGCCCAACAGUGCGGAUUUGUCGGUAAAGAGGAAAUUCAAGAGUUCAGACACUGUUGACGCUAACUCAGACACAUCAGAGAAGACAGUAUAUAGCUCCAUAAGUCGACGGUCCAGACUUGAACGUCCCAAAAGCUUUGAAGUAAUUGGAACAGUAUGAAACUCAGUAGACCUCCAAGUUUUGACACCACACCCUUCUGUGAAGGUGUCCAAAAAGCUUCAAUUUCAUUUACAAUGGGAAAGUCUAUCAUUACAGGAAAAAGAUCUGGACGUGUGUCACAUAUUGAUAUUUAAGCACAUUGUAUAUUUACAACUGCAAGAGGAAACUGCCUUUUCCCCUGGCAAAAUUUGUAACUGACAUUUGCCAGUGGCAUCAGACAUCUAAGGUUAGCUUUUCGCUCUGAGUUUAAAUUCGUUAAAAACCAAAGAUCAUCUAGCUUUGUAUGUGUAUUGUGUUUUAAGUGAAUUUAAUCGGAACACAUGUAAAAUGUAAUCUUAAAUUAUUGCACAAAAUGUCAGACAUAGUCCAUACUAUUUUUGCGUUGGUUUGUCUUUCACUUUCAUAAAAGAUCGUAGAUCGUGAAAAUUGUUCUUUUGAUUUUUAUAACUUGUAGACAGGUGGUGGAAAUUGUUCCAUAGUUUAGCAAGAUCUACUGGGAGACAUUUACAGAAGUACAGUAUAUCUACUACUGAUGGCUCUUUGAAAAAUGGAAGGGGAUUUUGCAAUGUCAGUAUCUUUGUCAGCUCAUUGUUAUUUGAAGGAAAUUAUGACUUUGAGGAUGUGUGGAAUUUCUGUUUAUUCCCAAUCCCGAAUUGUUCGUGGGUUAUUUAUUUUCAUUGAAAUAUAUAUGUACAUAUACAUGUAAAUAUUGACAGCCAUUACAAGCUUUACAUGUGUGAAAAGUCAUGUUCGAAAUUGGGUCCUCUUUUCAAUAUUUUUGUUUUGGGUUUCUUUUCAGUAUUCCCUGUCAUUUUUGUUUUCUUUUGCAAAGUACUUGGGAUACUGCUGAAAACGGAUAGCAAUACAUAAUUGGACAAGCAUGCACUUUUGUAACGCACCCUUUUGAGUAGGGUGCUGUGCUACUCAAAUUUUUUGUACAGAAUGUCAGCUUGGAAGCACGAGUUAUUGAAGCUUUUGUAAACCGUUUAGUAUUGCAAGGCAUGGUGUCCUCAAAAGAAGCCUAUUUGUGAAGUGAUUGUGUGUAACAGUAAUGGAAGCCGUGAACACUCUUUGAAGUCCUUGUAAUUUACGUGUAUAGGUCACUUGUAGAGUAAAUAUCUUUGUAUAUGGUUUAGAGAUUGCACUGAGAAUUUGUCUUUGCUGUUAAUUGUAAAUAUUCACUGAAUUGUAAAUCUACUGCAAAAAUGUUUUAUGAUGCACUGGUGUACGUGGGCAAAUUCAUUGAAAUGGACAGACAUCCGUGCAAGUUUUAAGUUUACGUAGAUUAAUGCAGCGACCAGAAUUAGAGAUGGUUACUGCAGCAGCCUCACGCUCAUGUGCAGGUGAUAUGUGAAUGUUAAAUACGUCUCCAACCAGUUGGGUGUUGUGAUUUGCCCAAAUCAGCAUGCACCUGAAAUUGAAUAAUGCAUGUGUGAGUGUUGUGUGGUACCACUUUAGUAAUGGUGUCUCUUCACAUUAGUUCCCUUUAGUCCGUUCUUUUUAGAGCUACCAACUCCUGUGAUUAAAAAAAAAGAGAAAAAAGUGCCAGAUCUUAUUCAGGUUUUAAGUGGCUAUGGCUUUUGAAGUGGCUUCGUCUUAGGAUUUUUUUUUGUUAGUGUGCUAUGGAGAGAAGUCUUAGCCAUGGACAACAGUGCCUGUUGUUGCAAAGCGCCAGUUCUGAAAAACAGCCAUUCCGUUCACCUGGGAUAAAAGAGUCGGGCACCUCCUCCGUCGGGAGAGCAUACGUGUUGUAAAUAAUAUGGAUUUGGGAUGCAGGAUUUGAAAUGGAGGAAGGCCCAUGGACUGUUAUUACACGAGGGUUUUGACCUUACAUGAAUGUGGGAUUUCUUGCACGGAUCUCUGUUCCAUUACUGUGAUAUGCUGCCUUGGUAAUGUCUCUAUAAGUACUGAUUCACAAACCACUCCUGUUAAAUUAUUCUUUCCAGUAUUUGUAAAUUUCCUUCUUAUUUGUCCUUAAGUGGUACGGUUGCAUUGCAGGUGAUCGCACUUUCACAUUUUAUAAAUCAGUGUACCUAAAUGCAUGCUGGUGUUCCUGUGUUGCUUGCAGAAAUUAUUACCAUAUGACAAGGUUUGCUUGAAUGGUGGGCCAAAUUCUUACAAGUAGAAAGUGGCUGUGAUGCUGGAAGAGUCUGUUGCAUGACUUUCUCAAGUGUUGCUGCUAAGUUGACUUUAUCAAGUGUUCCUCAAGUGCCCACAUUUUGCUUUUUUUAUGCCUUAUCUUACGUUCCUUGCUUAGAUUCUCCAGACUUUUAUUAAACAAGCACUUCAACUCACAUAUAAUAAUCAAAUGGAAUUUUAAUGUUGAUGCUUGAUAUAAUGGUUCAUGUCUUUUUAAAAUUAGUUUUCACUUUUUGGUAACUUUGAGAUUGCUCAGAUUUGUGUAAUUCUAAGAUUCCGAAAUCUAUAGUGUGAAAAACAAACUUACACAGCUAUCAAAACACCAAAUAAUAAACAGACUUGUAAUUACCAAAUAUUAUAAGGAAAUAUGGCUGUCUUUAAAAGCAACAGGUCAAAUCUUGCCACCAACCAAGGGUGAUAUUUCUGCAAAUUUGUGCACAAGUCUAUAGAUUAAUAAUUUCAAAAAUAAUAAGACAGGAAAAUUUCAGAUUUAAUUUGAGCCAGCGAGAAAGAAAAAAACUGAAGUAGCAUGCUUCAGGGGCAAAAUUGGUUUCUCAUCAAAGACCAACUCUAUUCCUGGGAGGCAAUCUACUGCACACACUCUCAGCUUUUUUUGGUUAAGUGUUGGUGACGAUGCGAACCCCCUCAGGGUUCCAGGUGUUGCAAUACCGGAGGGAACGAUGGGAUACUGCUUCCAGGUUGGGAUUGAUAAUGGCAGUCAUCGAUGAUAAGAGAAUUGCUGCAGCUUGUGUGUGUGUGGGGGGGGAGCUUGUAGCAUAUGGGUCAGGGAGCAGUAUCCAGGACAUCCAACAAUUAGACAUCAAUAGAGCAGAUGAUGAGCUUUAGGUAAAUUCAAGAGCAAGUAUCUACUGCCUGUUAUGUGAAAGGGGAUGCAUCAUUAGUCAACAUAACACCAAUGGUUGGAUGACAUAAUACAUUGGCCUAGUUUAUUGUUAAUAAUGUAAACCAUUGGUGACUGAGCCUUGACCUCAAACCAAACAAACUGAAUGAUAAUACUAAUACCUUGCAUCAUCUCUCCACCAAACUUGAGUCUUUUGAUUGAAUGGAAGUGCAUUGAGCAGGUACCAGCAUACUAAUAUACUCAACCUAAUGAAAAAAAACUGUUGUUACUGGGUAGCUGAUAUAACACUUGGGAGGGGGGUAGAUUUAAGUGGAAUGACAUGUUCAUGAGCUGUUUGGUACUUCACAAAGGCAAGGCCAAAGUACCUGAUGUUACGCCGGCUUGUACAUGUUCAGUGCACCCGAGUCAGUGUACAGACAUGCUAAAACGGCCAACCUCAAGUACACAAAACAAUGCUCUUGAAUGAGCUGCAAAGUGAUUAAUUUUGAGCGUGUGUGCUGAAAUACCAAAGUGGCUCCAGGUUACUUCAAAUGAAACAGUGGGAUGAAGGCAGCAUGAUGAAUGUGGACAGGCUUCAUUAAUGUGGCGCUGUGUUACCACAAGUGUCUUGUGUUAGUCAAUAUCAGCAUGUGGACUUGUGUAACUGCAGUUAAGUGUCAAAUGUAAUGAAGAGCAAUUGAUGCUUAAGUUUUCUAUGCCGUAGCGAUAGAAAAUUCCUGUUUUUAAUAACAUUAAAUACUCGUAAAGUUAACAGUGGCUUUUAUUCUGUGUGUGGUUACCAUGGCAAUAUUGUGAACUUUCCCUGUUUAAAAUAGCAUUCUUACUCCAGAAUUAUCCAAUAAAACUAUUUCAUUGCCCUUCUGCCCACCAGUUGCCGGGGUCCCAGGCAGGAAAUACUGUUUAGCAAAGUUAUGUGAUAAGCAAAUGUGAUAGGCAAAGGCAGUACGGAUUGCUCAGCAGCUUUGGCUGGAAGCCUGCUUUGGCUGAACAAACAGUUUUUGUACUCUAAGCAAAUUUGAACGCUUUGUAGCUCCUUGAAAUUGGUGAAGAUAGAACCUGAACUAUAAUCAUGCCUGGAUUGCCCUCAAGGAACACUUUGCUUUUGGUGCAGUGAUGGCAGUCAGAAGAGAUUAAUUAGUGUGAUGUGUGCAGGUCGGUGAAUUCAUGUGAUUAAAACAUUUGAUCAAGAGGGGAUUGUGAUCAUCCCAAGAA